CACUUCAACACCACUGCUUCCAGACGUGCAGCCUGGCAGCUUACGAUUGGACACGCAUUUCAAACGCGCUAAUUAACGAGCCAAUAAGGAGAGGAUGUCCCCCGCCCGCGGGGACAUUCCCGGAACACCUGGGUGAUUGUGGGGCUUUGAUGCCGUGGCUUUCGACCUGCGAUUGGCAGGCGUGUCAUUAUCGAAACGUAAUGGCAGGUGUGUCAUUACGGAAAUGUAAUGGGAGGGAUGGACCCCAGGCCCUCUUAUCAGCCACAGCCAUUUUAGGUACUUUUUGUUGUUCCACAUCUCUUUGCUUCUCUUUUUGAGUCCGGGCCAAGGCUGCGGUACUCCUUGUCCCUCCCUUGGGUGUUAAGCUGUUUUUGUUCUCUGGCCCCUGUUGCUCUGAGGAAAUAGGCAUCUCAUUUAAAAACUUGUCUUGUUAGAGACAGGCAGAAUUUUUGUGCAAAAAUAAAUGGUGCAAGAGAGCUGGGAGUCCGGCUUCCCUCGUGCGCUACGACGUGAAUGAUGUUAACAUAUUUUUCGACUUAAUACCCAGAGCCCUGUUUCCUUCCUUUCCCCCCCGUUGGAGGUGAACCAUAUGGUCGAACCUUUAGUAGAACCACAAUCAGGGAGACCAUAGUGCUAUCAUGUGUCUGUUGUUGCAACCCUCUACUAUUAUCCUCACCUCACACCAACUUGCGGGCUCCUUGGUUAUGGAUCAACCACGGAUCGUCUGAACCGGCGUAAACAUAUUUUGUCUUAGUUUACAGUUUAGAGAAAGAUGCGAGCUGUUCUGCUUAUUCUGUCGGCUCAAAGGGAUGAGUGUGCUUCUGCUGUUUAUUAAAGUUAAAUGAUCAGAAAUGUAAUCAUCUCGAAAAAUAGAUCCACAUCUAAAAUCAAUCAAAUAUCAUCAAUGCAUUUGAAUAGAAUCCAAAAGAAAAUCGACGUCAUUGAUUGCCAUGCAGCUGCACUUAAAUCUGAUAGCCAAUCUCUCAACUAACGUCAUCAAUGAAAUCAUACAAAACAAGCGUCAUUGAUUCCAAUACAGCUCACUCAUGUCACGUAUUCGCUUCUUUUGCUUCCUCCCCCGUCUCAGAGAGGCAGACCUGUUCCUGCUGGAGUCUCGCCGGCUCUGGGCUGCUGAGGAGGGCUGGCUGGAGUUUGAGAUCACAGCCACCAGUAACCUGUGGGUGAUGAGCCCGGGACACAACCUGGGCCUGCAGAUCAGCGUGGAGACCAGCAGCGGGCGCAUGAUGGGCUCCAAGGAGGCGGGGCUUGUGGGCCGGGGCGAGGCGGUGGAGAAGCAGCCCUUCAUGGUGGCCUUCUUCAAGGUGAGCGAGCUGCACGUGCGCAGCCCGCGCUCCACGGGGGGAAAGCGGCGACAGCAGAACCGCAACCGCUCCAAUCAGCCCCAGGAGGGCUCCCGGGGCCCCAGCCCAGCAGACUACAACAGCAGCGACCAGAAGACGGCCUGCAGGAGACAUGAGCUCUACGUGAGCUUCAAGGAGCUGGGCUGGCAGGACUGGAUCAUUGCACCAGAAGGGUAUGCUGCCAACUACUGUGAUGGAGAGUGUUCCUUCCCACUCAAUGCCCACAUGAACGCCACCAACCACGCCAUCGUGCAAACACUGGUUCACCUGAUGAACCCGGAGAACGUCCCAAAGCCGUGCUGCGCACCCACCAAGCUCCACGCCAUCUCCGUGCUCUACUUCGACGACAACUCCAACGUCAUCCUCAAGAAGUACAAGAACAUGGUGGUCCGGGCGUGUGGCUGCCACUGACCCCCUGACCCUGACCCCUUACAAAGCCUGGCAACCCCUCUGCCAAUUCUUCGCAGGCUGCACCUCUCGCAACAUCCCGAUCGGGAGACAAGUGACAUACAGGAGUUACUGUUCUACUCCAAAGUCCAUACCCCGCGUCUUGAAUUGCAAGUCUUUAUCGAUAUCAACUGAUUGGACGUGGAUAAAGAAAGGAAAAGAUGUGUGAUGCUAUAAUAAUAAUAAUAAUAAUAAUAAUGUCCCACCAUUGAGUCAUGUCGUCAAAUGACUCUAAUGAGCACAUUGUUUCCUGGUUCUGUAAGAGAGUGACUUGAUGGAUCCGGCUUGCGUUCCUGUUUGUAAUCUGUUUAAAUGUGUGUAUGUGUGUGUGUUAGUGUGUGUAUGUAUGUGUGUGUGUGUGUGUGUGUGAGUGUGUAUGCGUGUGCACCCACUGUGCCUGAUAAGCUGACUAGCCCCUUUAGAGCGGGGGUCAAAGGGGAAGCUAUUAGGGGAACAGUCCACAGUGCUGCUUCUCUUGGGGGGGUUUCGGCUCUCAGCAGUCCCCUUGCGUAAUGGAUGAACAAUGUCCGGUAUAAGGUGUAUGAUUCUGUGGCGCAAUUCCACAACGCAGAAAGGCCAAAGUAGAGUUACUUAUAUGAACAGGCUAAAUGAAUGAAAGGAUGGAGAAGAUAAGGUUGACCGUACGUGACAGAUGACACACGUUUAUUAAUAAAAGGGGUCAACGAUGCUGGGUUUCAAAUUGUACAUCGCUACAUUUUGUUAUUCAGAAUCGUAAAAGAAUACAGUUCAUGCAACAUCUGUAUUGCCCUGCCGCGUCCCACAGCUCCUGGCCUUGUUUUCUCUUCUCUAAGCCAUGUUUGCCUUCCUCAAAAUAUAAAAUGGACUCAACCAAAGUGACCGCAAGGCUAUUUUAGUUGUGGACUCCUCCAAAUAUCUGCCGGCCGUCAAUAUUUGCAGGGCCCGCGCCAAGCCCCAUCGCCCUGGCCCGGUUCUGGCCCGACCGGGAGCAUGUUGUGGCUCGACUCGUGUUUAUCCUCCAGAGGUCCGGAGGCUACGGCCUGACCCCACAACCCCCCCCCACACACACACACACACACACACACACACACACACACACACGCAGAAACACACGCACAUGCAGAAACACACACACACGGACAUGCAGAAACACACAAACGAACACGGACACGCAGACACACACGGACACGCACACCCAAACACAUACAUACACACGCACACAAACACACACACAUGCACAAACACACACACACGCACGCACACACACACACACACACACACACACACACACACACACACAAACACACACACACACACACACACACACGACACACACACCCGAAGGAUCAUUUCCUUGACACCACAGUUUCAAUGUUUAAACGAUUCCCCCCCACCAGACAACCCGUCAAGCGUAGGUCGUGGAAAAACAUUAACUUGCUCCCCCCCCGAAAGAAGCGCUGUUGGUACGUCUCUUUUGGUGCCAGUUUCUGCAACUAGUCUUUUUUUUACUUCCUUCCUAUUUUUUCUCCCGACGUGGAUGGUCAAUUUUUGUUUGUUGUGAGAUUGUCAGGUUAUUUUCAUUUUAUUUUUUUACCAAAUGAACAUUGAACUGUGAGCUUGUCAGAGUAUACAAUCUUUGACCAAUAUGGAUUUUAAAUGGCAGGCGUGCUUUUAAGAAUAACUAAUAUAACAAAUCAAAAUACCUUUGUGCCUAACCAACCAAUCAGAAAAUGACAAAAUAUAUACCUCUGGUAAGCUGCUGUUUACAUUUGUGAUCAUGUUAAGACUGUUAUGUGUAAAUACUUGUACAUUCUUAGCUUAUUUAUUGCACCGCUUAUUAAAAAACGACAUACCAUGUUAGACAGAACAAUAAUGGAGAAAUAUUUUUGGAAAAAUACAUUUUAUAACGAAAUCUCAUGUUACAACUUGCCAUAUUCUUUUUUUUUUUUUUUUUUUUUACAAGAAUCAAUAGGAAGUGUAUGUCCUGUAACUUGCAAGAAACAACAAUACUGCUUUCGGUCACUGGAGUUGUCUAGACGCGUGUGCUAUACAUAAAAUCUUUAACUGAGGAAAAAAAACUAAAACCUUUUGCCUUGUUUGUGUACCUUGGUUGGAGUUCUGAAAGCAGAUCUCAGAUCAGACAUAGAUGAAAGCAUAUAUGUCCUGGUCAGAGACUGGCCUAAUGAGAGGGUGGAGUUGGCUUUUUGGACUACAGCAUACAUACCUAAAUAAAUGCUACAGAAGGGACACAAGGACCAAGUGGUUAUUUCACCAUUGGGAGUCAGUUAAAAGCGAUGUCUUAUGUUGAACAAGUGAAAUAUAUUACCCUGGUGCCAGCUGGUGGCAUUUGUGUUAUUUAUUUUUUUAAAUUAUAAUUAUCAUGUAAUUGAUAUCCCAAUAUCUAUCCAUCUGUUUAAAUAAAAACAAAAAUAGUUAUA